GUCCCACAACAGCUCUACUUCCACAGUUUGAACAGAGCGGUGAUGGAUUAAUGAGCCGCUAUCGGGCGGAUCAAUAAACGGGCUGAUCAAUAAACAGCGGAUGGGUUUGAUCAGGUCUACAGAGCGGAGUCUGCGGGCUGAGUGAGCUGAUGGUUUGAAAUGGAGUCUGAGUUGCCGAUUGGCUGGGAGGAGGAGCGUACAGAGCUGAGGGUGGAGUUAUCCCGGCUGGAGGAGGAGCUUGCAGAGAGCCGGGCGGAGAGGGAGGAGCUUCAGUCCCGUACGCAGGCGCUGACUGAGCGGCUGUCUCGGACUGUGGACCCGUCAGUGUCUGUGCUGAUGGACGGUGAUCAGAGGGAGUGGAGGAGGAGAGUGAGAGAGGGGCGAGAGAGAGAAGCUCGACAGGCUCUGCUCAUCCACAAACUCCAGAACAAGGUGUUGGAGUACAGAGCGCGCUGUGAGCGCCUGGAGCAGCAGGUUCAGUCAGAGGAGAGAGAGCGCAGGGCGAGAGAGAGAGCACUGCGGGAUGAGCACAGUGACACUCUGGAGAGCGCCCUCAUCAGGCUGGAGGAGGAACAGCAGAGGAGUGUAGCGCUGGUGGAGGUGAACGCUUUACUGCGCUCUCAGCUCAGCCAAUCAGCAGAGGCCAACCAAACUCUGCAGGAUGACCUCAAGAAGCUGACAGCUGAUUGGUCUAAGGCAGUGGAAGAGGCGGGGCAAAGAGAGAUUGACUGGCACAAAGAGAAAGAGGCUCUGGUUGGUUGUGUAUCUGCAGAGCGCUCCAGGCUGAUGAUGUUGUGGGGUAGAGCCGUGUCUCUGAGGCGACAGUGCCACGCUGUGAAAACAGCCACCGACAAGGACUUGUGGGAGUUGAGGGCGGAGUUUUCUCGUCUGUCAUCGUCGUUCUUCUCUCUGUGUGUUCCUCCGACCCUGUCUCGUCCUGCUCCACUGUUCUCCUCCACGGGGCCCAUGACUCUGGAGGAAUUGGACCACGAGACGUCCAGCACUGACCAGGACGUCCAGGAAGAUCACACACAGGAGCUGAGGAACAGGAUUGAUGAGUUAACAGUGACAGUAAAAGCUCUGGAGAGCGAGAGACACAGGCAGGAGGAGGAGAGAGAGAGGAGACAGAGGGAUGAAGAGGAGGAGAGAAAGAGGAGGAGGAGCGAUGAGGAGGAGGAGAGAGAGAAACACAGAGAGACGGAGAGAAACCUGGAAUCAGUCCAGCAGGCCGUCAGAAAGCUGUACAGGGUGCUCGGUUCUCAGAAGAUGGAUGGACAGUCCAGUGUGAGUGACCUGUCUGACGGUCUGCCUGCUCUGCUGACCAUCAUCGCUCGGGCUGAGAGUGCCCUCCAGUGCAAACACCAGGAACUGCAGGAGGCUGAGGGGACUGUGCGCAGGAUGAAGCUGGAAACACAGUCACUGGACCAGCGAAUCACAGAGCUGGAGAGAGAGAGAGCAGAGUUAGAGGAUCAGCUCAGAGACAGAGAGGCGGAGUUACAGCGCACACACACUCACCUCAACAGUGAGAGGGACAGUGCGGUGGCUCUACAGAAGCAGCUGGAGGAGUCUGAGAAGCGUGAGGAGGAUCUGAGGAGAGAAAAUGAACGACUGAUUCAGAGGAGAGAGAGAGAGGAGGAGGAGAGGAGUGAACUGGAGAGAGAGAGACAGAGACGUGUGGAGGCGGAGCUACUGGAGAACGCCCAGCUGUGUGAGAGAGAGAGCCGUAGUCGUGUGGAGCUGCACAGUCUGCAGGGGGCGCUGGAGCGAGAGCAGAUGGACAGAUCGCGGGCUGAGAGAGAGUCAGAGGAGAAUAAGGACGCUCUGCUGAAGGCUCGUCAGUCUCUGGUGUCUCUCUCCUCUGCUCACACUCUGCUGAAGAGAGAGGCUGCAGAUGUUAGAGAUGCUCUGGAGAAGAUGUCCUCCUUAAAUGAAGCUCUGGUUCUAGAUAAGAGAGAGCUCAACACCCGCAUACUGCAGCUGGAGGAGGAGGCGUCUGAAGCUCAGAUCCAGCUACAGACGUUGGGGUCGGAGGUGGCGGCACUGCAGAGGGAGCUGAAGGCCGUUACCACGGAAACGGCAGAGUUAAGGGCUGGCAGGGAGGCGGAGCUGGACGUCCUUCAGCAGCUCCGAGACAGAGAGAGAGAACUGCAGAGAGACAUUGAGACUCUGAGAGAGGAGAGAGAGAGAGAGACCUCCGCUCUGACUGAGGAGAGAGAGAGGAAUGAUCAGCUGAGUGGUCAGUACAGGGCGGUGUGUGAUGAGCUGUGUAAAGCUGAGGCGGAGCUGGGGCGAGCGGUGGAGCGAGAGAGGAGAGCACAGAGAGAGAGAGAGGAGGUGGAGAGAGAGAGAGAUCAGCUGGAGGAGAGGGUGAGCGCUGUGGAGAGAGAGAAGGAGGAGAUACAGCAGCACACAGAGGAGCUCAGGGAUGUGAGGGCGAGUCUGCAGCAGCAGCUGGGUGCUCUUCAGGAUGGUGUCUCCGUUGUGGAGGUUCAGCGCUCACAGCUCCAGCUGCAGGUCCACACGCUGCUGCAGGCCAAAGACGUUCUUCAGGGUGAGGUUGAGUGCGUUCGGGCGGAGCUGGAGCGAGAGUCAGCGCUGAGGGAGGAGGAGAGAGAGCGAGCAAGGGAGGAGAGGAGGAGGAGUGAGACAGAGAGGGAGGAGAGCGAGGCGGAGGUGAAGAAGCUGCAGAGAGAAGCUGAACAGUUCAGGAUGAAGGAGGCCGAGCAGGAGAGAGAGAGGGAGACGUGGCAGAGGGAGAGAGAGGAGCUGAGCGCCGAGCUGGGGCUGAAGGACGGAGAGAUGGAGGCCCUGAAGAACAGGAUGGAGGGAUUGAUGAAGGAAAACAAAGAGCUGUCUGAGCUGAUGGACAAAAAGACGACAGAGACGGAGCAACUACAGAUCAGACACGGCUCGGAGCAGAGAGCGGCCGAGACAAGGCAGCAGGAAGCGAGGGAUGAGAUGGAGAGAUGGAGGGAGAGAGUGGAGGAGGUCCAGAGAGAGAACCAGAGGCUCCUAGAACGAGUGGAGCAAGAGAGCGAAAACCUGAAAACGAGUGAAAUGGAGAAGGCUGAGAUGGCUGAUCUUCUCAGAGAGAGGGAAGGAGAGAUAGAAAAGAAAGAGAAGGAGUUGGAUGAGUACAUGAACACUGUCGAACUGCAGAAUGGAAUGAUAGAAAGAGUGAAAGCUCAGCUGAAAGAGAGAGAAAAAGAGAGAGAGAUGCUAGAGAGACGAGUGGCCGCUCUGGAGGAGCUGAAGGUGGCAGAGAAAGAAGAAAGACGGAGUGAGAUGGAAAUAAACAAAAGAGAGCUGAGAGAGAAGGACACAGAGCUGGAGGAGCUGAAAGAACGAGUGGAAGAAGUGAUGAAGGAGAAGAAACGCGUCUCCAGGCUUCUGGAGGAACGAGAGGAGCAGACGGAGAACCUGCAGAAGAACUGGACGAGACAAAAGGAAGAUUUGGAACUCGCGGCCAGAGAAGCGAGGGAUGAGAACCGGAGGCUCCUAGAACGAGUGGAGCAAGAGAGCGAAAACCUGAAAACGAGUGAAAUGGAGAAGGCUGAGAUGGCUGAUCUCCUCAGAGAGAGGGAAGGAGAGAUAGAAAAGAAAGAGAAGGAGAUAGACGAGUACAUAAACACAGUGAAACUGCAGAAUGGAGUGAUAGAAAGAGUGAGAGCUCAGCUGAAAGAUAGAGAGAAAGAGAGAGAGAUGCUGGAGAGAAGAGUGGCCACUCUGGAGGAGCUGAAGGAGGAAGAACGGUGGAAAGAAAGGGAGACGAAAGAGAGAGAGCUGAGAGAGAAGGACACAGAGCUGGAGGAGCUGAAAGAACGAGUGGAAGAAGUGAUGAAGGAGAAAAAACGCGUCUCCAGGCUUCUGGAGGAGCGAGAGGAGCAGACGGAGAACCUGCAGAAGAACUGGACGAGAGAAAAGGAAGAUCUGGAACUUGUGGCCAGAGAAGCGAGGGAUGAGAUGGAGAGAUGGAAGCAGAGAGUGGAGGAGGUCCAGGGAGAGAACCGGAGGCUCCUAGAACGAGUGGAGCGAGAGAGUGAAAACCUGAAAACAAGCAAAAUGGAGAAAGCAGAGAUGGCUGAUCUUCUCAAAGAGAAGGAAGAAGAGAUAGAAAAGAAAGAUAAAGAGUUAGAUGAGUACAUGAGCACAGUGAAACUGCAGAAUGGAGUGAUAGAAAGAGUGAGAGCUCAGGUGAAGGAUGGAGAGAAAGAGAGAGAGAUGCUGGAGAGACGAUUGGCCGCUCUGGAGGAGCUGAAGGAGACAGAGGAAGAAGAAAGACGGAGAGAGAGGGAGACGAAAGAGAGAGAGCUGAGAGAGAAGGACACAGAGCUGGAGGAGCUGAAAGAACGAGUGGAAGUAGUGAUGAAGGAGAAGAAACGCGUCUCCAGGCUUCUGGAGGAACGAGAGGAGCAGACGGAGAACCUGCAGAAGAACUGGACGAGAGAAAAGGAAGAUCUGGAACUCGCAGCCAGAGAAGCGAGGGAUGAGAACCGGAGGCUCCUAGAACGAGUGGAGCAAGAGAGCGAAAACGUGAAAACGAGUGAAAUGGAGAAGGCUGAGAUGGCUGAUCUCCUCAGAGAGAGGGAAGGAGAGAUAGAAAAGAAAGAGAAGGAGAUAGACGAGUACAUGAGCACAGUGAAACUGCAGAAUGGAGUGAUAGAAAGAGUGAGAGCUCAGCUGAAAGAUGGAGAGAAAGAGAGAGAGAUGCUGGAGAGAAGAGUGGCCACUCUGGAGGAGCUGAAGGAGGAAGAACGGCGGAAAGAGAGGGAGACGAAAGAGAGAGAGCUGAGAGAGAAGGACACAGAGCUGGAGGAGCUGAAAGAACGAGUGGAAGAAGUGAUGAAGGAGAAGAAACGCGUCUCCAGGCUGCUGGAGGAACGAGAGGAGCAGACGGAGAACCUGCAGAAGAACUGGACGAGAGAAAAGGAAGAUCUGGAACUCACGGCCAGAGAAGCGAGGGAUGAGAUGGAGCGGUGGAAGAGGAGAGCAGGUGAGAUGGAGAGAGAGAAGGAGGGAGCGAACCGAAUGCUGCUGGAGAGAGUGGAGAGAGAGAGGGAUGAGCUCAGAGCGGUGGAAGGAGAAAGGGAUGAGCUGACGAAGCUUCUGGGCGAGAGAGAGGAGGAGGUAGAGAAGAAAGAGGAGAAGAAUGAAGAGCUGCGGUCUACAGUCCGGUCAUUAGAGGGAGAGAUGGAGGGAUUAGAGAGGGACGUGAAGGAGAAGGCGAGAUUAGAAGAAAGAGUGAUGGUGUUGGAGGAGGAAAACACACGGUUGAAGGAGAGAGAGAAAGAGAGGAUUACAGAGUGGAGCAGGAUGGAGGAAGACCAGAAAGAAGGAGACAACAGAAUGAAAAGAGAGGUAAAGAGGAGGGAUGGAGAGAUAGAGGAGCUCAGGAGCAGGAUGGAUGGAAUAAUGGAGGAGAAGAACAAGGCAGUGGAUAGACUGCGCGCUGAAUUAGAGGAAUUUAGGAUGAGGAUCAAGGAGAAAGAGGAGAAAUGGAAGAAGCUGGUGGAGAAGAUGGAUGAGGAGACGAUGAGAGUGGAGGAGAGGAGGAAAAGAGGGGAUGUGGAGAGGAAGGAGAGAGAGGAAAAGCUGAAAGGAGAGAUUAAACUGAAGGAGGAGAAGCUGAAGGAGAUGAAGGUGAGGAUUUUGGAGCUGGAGCGAGAGAACGAAGAAACAAAAAGAAAAGUGAAAGAAGGAGAAGAAGAGCUCCACAAACAGAGCAGAGCUGUGAGAGAGAGGGAUAAGGAGACACUCCGACUGAAAGAAACGAUGGAGAGAAAAGAGAAGGAAGAGAAGGAGAAGAUGCAGAAGAAGCAGGACGAGGCGAAGAAUCUGAUGGAGAAACUUCAGGAGAACCUGAGGAAUGCAGAGUCUGAGCUGGAGAACGAGAGAACUCUGCGCAGAGAGAAGGAAAAAGAGCUCUCAGGCUGUAAACACAGACUCCACCUCGAGAAGACCAGAGGAGAUGGAGGAGAAGAUAAAGUGCGAGAGGUGGAGGAGAAGAGCGAGAGGCUGAUGGAGGAAGUGGAAGCGCUGAGAGAAGAACUGGACCAACGUUCUAGAGAGUUAGCGAGACAGUCGCGCCUGCUGAGGGAGAGCGACGGAGAACUCAGGAGGCUGAAAAUGAGAGUGGAGGACGGAGAAGAAGAGAAGGAACGAGUGAAGACGUCUCUGAGCCAGAUGGACGGAGAGGUGAAGCAGCUGGAGGUUCAGCUGAGAGAACGGAGAGCGCAAGAAAAGAAUGUGAGGUCUAGACUAGAGGAACUUCAGCGAGAACAUGACCACCUGGAGGAGGAAGUAAAGAGGAAAGAGCGAGAGAUCGGCGCUCUGAGGGAGGAGAACCUGAGAGAGAAGGAGAGGAUGGGUUCGUGUCUGAAACAGAAAGAGGAGGAGGUGAAGGAGGCUAGGGAGAAGAAGGAGGAGAUGGCCAAAAAGGUGGAAACCCUGAGGCAGGAGGUGACGUCGCUGUCUGAGAACCAGCAGGUGGAGAAAGUGAGGGUGAAGGAGCGAGAAGAGGAGAAUAAGAAGAUAAGAGAAGGUCUGAAGGCUGGACUGCAGGAGAUGGUCAUUCUGAAGGAGCUCCUGGAGGAGAGCCACCGCGAAGGAGAACGUCUGAGGAACGUUCUGAAGGAGAAGAAGGAAGAACUGAUGAGAGGAAGAGAGGAGGACUCAAGGGCAGCUCGUCAGGAGGCAGAAGAUCUAAAGCUCAGGGUUCACAGCCUGGAGAAGGAGAAUCAGGACCUUCGGGAGAAGCUGCAGCUGCGAGAGUCUGAACUGAAGGAGGAGAAGAAGAACAGUGGAGAACAACAGAGGAGGAACUUUGAAGAACAUCUGAACUAUUUAGAGUCAAUAUUAAAGCAGAAAGAUGGCGAGUCAGUCAGAGAACGAGGCAGAAUAAACAAACUGGAGGAACGGAGGAUCGAUCUGAGCCAGGCGGUGGAGGAGAAGACCAGAGAUGUGGAGGAGCUGAGGAUCAGAGGGGAGGAGAGGAACCAGCAGCUGAGAGACCUGGAGGAGAAGAUGGAGCUGCUGAAGAAGGAGGAGAAGGAAAGGCAGAGUGAUCUGGAGGAGAAGGAGAGAGGAGUUAAACUCCUCAGUGAGGAGGUGAGAGAGAGGGAGAAGGAGGUAGAAGAGAUGAAGGAGAAGAGAACAGAGGAGAACGAGGGGACGAGUGAAGCGCCGGAGGAACAGGGAGCAGAGGAACCGGCCCUGCAGGGUGAGGACUGGGAGCGGGUGGAGAACCGGCUGAGAGACAGAGAGUUAGAGGUGUUUUCUCUGAGAGAGAGAGUGGAGGAGCUCGGAAGAGACAGGGAGAGGAUGAGGAGCGCUCUGGAGAACACGGAGGAGAAACUGAUUGAGUAUAAGGAGAGAUUACAGCAGGUGGAGAAGGAGAAACACGGCAGGACGCAGAGCGAGGUCUGUGAGGAGGAGAGUGUGGAGAGAGUCACAGCCCUGCAGAGAGCCGUCGCUCAGCUGGAGCUCCAGCAGAGGGCGCUGCAGCAGAGAAACGGCCGUCAGGAGCAGCGCAUAGAGAGGCUGAAGACUGAGAGACAGCAGCUCCGCCUCACUCUGCAGCAGGUGGAGCUGGAGAGGAACAAACUGAAACGGCAGCUCUCUCAGUGCGACUCUGGAACCCAGGACGGGAUCAUCUUGACUGAAGCUGAUGAGCUGAACAGGCUGAGAGAACAGGCCAGUGACCAGACACAGCAGGUUGAACAUCUGCGUCUGCUGCUGGCGCUGGAUCAUCAGGAGCGCGCAGAGUUUAUUGACCGCUCGGUGAGGAACAGUGAGAGCCUGCAGUCUCUGAGAGAGGACCUGAGCCGGUCUCUCGCUGUCGUGUCUCAGCAGCUCGUUCCACCGGUUCUGCAGUCUGAAACUGAGAGACUGGACCGCAGUAUCAAAGAGGAGGAGCACCGUCUUUCUCUCAGCCAGAACUAAAGAGAGAAAAUGACCCUCAACAUUUUGCACUGAGAGUGACGUAGCCAUUGGUUCCUGAUUGUAGCAGCUCCAGAUGGAGUCUCAAAGCUUCAGUGUUCAUUAUAUGUAUAUAAGACAGAAGAAUGUUUCUCCAUAACUUACAUACUGUAUUACCCAAAGACAAAUCUGUGUAUUUAUUUUUUUAUAUUUAUAUUUAUUUUUAAUAUGUGAAACUAUGAUGCUGCUCAUUUAUUUCUGUAUUUACACCAUUACUGAAAGGUAAAGUGACCACGGAAUAAAAGUGUCAGCUGAUUAUAUCUGUA